CUCAUCCGCAGCCACGCGGAUAUCCGUAACCACGGUAAUUAACCGGUACUUCCGUGCUUUACUGUGGUAACACCGCGGAAACACCGCGGAACGGCGCUUUUCCGUUUACAUUUUCGAGGUUUUCAGAUUCUGCUGCUUCUGCUUCCAUUUUUGUGAGAAUUCCAACGACACACCAAAUACUCCAUUGAAUAAUGGCCAUAUAACAGCUUAGGGUAUAUAUACAGCUUUCUCCUUUGGUUCCACUGUUGCUCCUUUUCUUGUUCCUUCUGCAACCAUCUUUUUCCCCCCUUCGGCCCUUUUUGCUACUCCUAACUUCUCAAGAAGUUGCCAUCUCAGAACUAUUAUUAACAGUAUUCAUAUUAUUCGUAGGAUUAACAAUAUCAAUAUAUUCAAUAUGGCUACUGUUAAUCAGAAUCAUAAUGAGAAUACUGCUGCUAUCGAUGACACGAUCAUGGAUAAUAAAAACCUACACAACAGCUUCAUUAUAGAUGCUAAAAGUGAUUCGCUAUAUACCAACUCCUUUGAUAACAAUCUCUACAAUUUUAACAACUACAACAAUAAAAUCAUUUUUAAAAAUAGCCAUAAAAGAUCCUUAUCCCUACCGAGUUUCCUAUUAAUAAAUAAUAACGAAAAGGUUAAAAGAAAGAAAAAAUUACUAAUGUUUAAAGAUGAUCUUGACUUGACUCAUAAUAGUGAUAAAAUUAAAAUUAAAAUUAAAAUAAAAAAUAAAAAUAAAAAUAACAAUAAAAAUAAAAUGGAUAUAAAUUUCAAAUUAAAACUAAAAAGAAGAAACUCAACUUUAAAGAGAAAAUCUUCAAUUAUUUGGAAAAAUAUUAAAAACAACAUUCUAACUCAUCAUAGUAAUGAUCAUAAUGAUCAUAAUGAUCAUAAUAAUCAUAAUAAUCGCAAUAACCAUAAUAACCAUAAUAACCAUAAUAAUGAUCAUGAUAAUCAUAUCAAUCAUAGCCAUAGCCAUAAUCAUAAUCAUAAUCAUAAUCAUAAUCAUAAUCAUAGUGGUAAUCAUAGAAACAAUAAAAAAAAUAGACAUAGCAUUAAUAAUAUAAACAAUAAAAACAACAUAACAAAAUCAUCCUAUAUCAAUCACUAUUCUACUUUUAGUUAUGAUUUUGAUUAUUCCUCUAAUUACAAAUACCCUGCAUCAACGUAUACUCAUAAUACCAAUAAUAAUAAAGAAAGCUUAGAUUAUUCUUACUAUGAUUUUGGUUCAUACUCUUUUUCAAACAUUAAUAAGAUAAACAAUUCCAUGAACAAUUCAUUAAUAAGUUUACCUUUAAAUUCGCAGAAUAAUUUAAUUUCAAACAAAAAUUCAAAAAUAAAUUUAAAUGAUUUAGAGAAAGAAAUCAUUAAAAAUAAUUCAAAUUACUAUCAAUAUUUUAAUCAAAAUUUAGAAAAUUAUUCUGACUUGAAUAAUUUAAAAUCAAUGAAAUCAAUAGAAUCAAUGAAAAGUGACAUAUCAACUAAAUCAACUAAAUCUAUAAAAAGUAAAAGUAAAAGUAAAGAAAGUGAAAAAAAUAUCAACAAUCUUAACAAUAAUAGUAGUAAAAAUAAUAGUAUAAAUAACUUGACUGAAAAAUUAUCAAAUACAAGUUUAAAUGAUGAUAAAAAAAAUAUUCAUUCAAAAAUUAAUAUAUUAAAUGUUCCGCAUUUAUUAUCAAUUGUAUUAUCCUUUUUAUCAAAGGAUAUUGCUAAUUUAAUCAUAAAUGAAAAUAACAAUAAAAAUAAUUGUAUGGAUAAUAUUGAUAUUAUAAAUACAAAAAAUUUAAUUAAUAAUAGCAUAAAUAAUUUAUAUAAUUGUUUAUUUGUUAAUAAAUUAUGGUAUAAAAUAACAAAAUUGUACUUGUAUGAAAAUUUAAUUUUCACCUCAAAUUUAAAAUUUAAUAAAUUCUUAAAUUUAUUAACAAAUAAUAAUAAUAAUAAUAAUAAUAAUAAUAAUAAUAAUAAUAAUAAUAAUAAUAAUAAUAAUAAUAAUAAUAAUAAUAAUAAUCAAAUUGAUUUUAUACAGAAUACUAAACUAAUUUCAUUUAAUAAAUUAAAUUCAAUUAACCAAUCAGAUUUAAAUUUUAUUGCUGAUAAUUUUAAAUUUGAAAAUUUAAAUUUUUUAGAAAUCUUUAUUUGUUCAAAUAUUUAUCCACCAAAAAACUUUUUUUUUGAAUCAAAUCAUUUAAAAACAUUAAAUUUAUCAGGUUCAAAUUCUAAAUUGUUAAAUGAUAAAUUUUUUAAAUCAAUUUUAAUUAACUUGAAAAAUUUAGAAUUAUUAGAUUUAAGAGCAUGUAAUUUUUUCACAGACAAUACUCUUAUUGAGAUAUCCAAAAAUUGUUUAAAUUUGAAAUUUAUUAAUAUUGGAAGAUAUAAAAAUUGCGAUAAAAUUACUGAUAUUGGAAUUUCAUCAAUAAUUAAAAACUUGAAAAAUUUAAAAAUCUUGGGAUGUUCAGGUUGUUAUAUAACAGAUGAAACAAUCUGGAAUUUAGUUAAAUAUUUAAAUAAUAAAAUCGAGAAAUUGUCAAUCAAUAAUUGCAAGAGGUUAACAAAUGAUUCAAUACCAAAAAUUUUGGAGGAUUUUAAAUAUUUACCAAAUUUAAAAGUAUUGGAAAUCCGGAAUAAUUUAAAUUUUACUAGUUUUGAAUCAAUAAUCAAAUUGAAAAAUUUUAAGAUUCAGAAUAGUAAACCGAUUUUAAUUGAAUGUUGUGAAGUUUUAGAAAAACGGAUUUUAGCUCAGCAAUUAGAACUUGAUUUGAAUAACUCUAGAGACAAUGAACAAAAUUUUAAUGAUUUAACAAUAGGUAAUUAUAAUGAACAUGGAGUUCAAGUUGUACUAAAUUAAACUUCAAUUCUUUUAUUCCCUCAUUUUUUCCUUUUAAUGUUUUAAUUUUAGUUGAUUAGUUUUAAGGUAAACCAAAAAUAAUCCAAGAUAAUAUAAUUGAAAUCAAUUAUAUUAUAAAUCAAAUUAAAGUAAACUUUAAUAAAUUUUCU